GAUUGUCUGUGACAACCAUCCUAACAUCGACAACGCCUACCGGCCGGCGCCGGGUACAGCCUAUGUAGUUGAAUCCCCCCCGGUCUCGUACCCGAGUAGACAUCAAAGGUUCGAUUCCCAACAGCGCUACUUGGUAGUCUCCGUUACCUAUUUAGCUCGUCUCCUGGUAGGCCUCGUACACAUUAUACAUCAGACUCGUCAGUGGUUACGGAGGCAAACGUGCCUAAAAAUAGAGCCUCAGCCGAGUACCUCACCUUCCUGGACAGGACGUAGGUAAUGCUAAAGUGCGAAGUCGCUGACGAGAAUGGGACCAAUCCGGGCAUAUGCAACCUCUUUUCCACUGCAACGCAGCUACACCGUCUCCCUCGCAUCGCCGUCCGCGCUCUCAUUGUCCAACUUACAAGCGACGGCUCAGUGCCCAAGAUGAAUACGGCCAAAUCGUUCUGGUUCGGCUGGGGCUCCCUCUGUCUAGCCGGUGCCGGAGCGUACUACUUUGCGAAGAAGAGCAUCAAUGCCGACAGAGCUGCGCGCCUGGAGGAAAGCCGGCGAAGGAAGCAGGUGAUCGACACUCUCGAAUAUCCGAGCAACCCUCCCGACAAGCCCGUAUCCGCAGCGACCGCGAACGGCAAUGGCAAUGGAGCGCCAGCCCGAACCGAUACCGCCGGCUCACCAAGUCAAGAGGCGAGCAGAGAUCCCGCUCCGACCAGGCAUGCCCCCGCCACAGAAGGACAGCAAGUAAUAGAAAAGAGCAAGUACGAAAGCAGUACCCCGUUUAAGAGUCCAAAAGGCGAUCGCUUCUCCUAGUCAUGGUAGAUACGGCGGGGCCCAUCUCGGCCCAAUGACGAGACCAUUAUCAGAAUUCCAUGUAUAGAAGUUUCUGCGCCAAAACAUUUUGAUCAGUAUACAUACUCUACUCCGGGGAGGUGGUUGUAAGUUGUCGCUACUAGAGUAAUAAUAGGUUCUGUGCUGUCGGGUUGAUGCCAAGUGCCAUGACAUAACAGAUGGGUGCAUGCCGCGCACGCCUAGCUGCUGAAACCUCACAGGCAUGGAGACCAUGGACUUUCACCAGGCUAGCAACAUCGGAGCUGGUGACUAUAAUGUGCCCUCAAAAUGUCUGCGACACGGCCAAGAUUGGCAGAGGGAUGAAGCUGUGGAGGGGGUCUCGUCAAUGCCCUUGAUCGGCGGCUCACAAUGGCAGCCAUCUUUCCCGAUUUGGCCCCACCGGACUUGAGCAGAACUCCAGCACACGCCAGGUACCUACAGGUA